UGCUGGGAUAGUGGAGAGCGCACACGGCUCCUCCCCACGUGUUUGUUUGACUGACUGUCUGACUGCAGUGAUCAGAAACAUGGCAGUAGAAACAACGACACACAUACACAGCUAAACGAGCUUUGAGUUCACAGCACGAGCAGCCACUGAAUCACAGGUUUGGAGUGUUCCAGCACCAGUGUCUUCAUCAUGGCCAGCGGAGACGAUGACGAUCCUAUUAUACAAGAGAUUGAUGUGUACCUGGCCAGAAGUCUUGUGGAGAAGCUGUAUUUGUUCCAGUACCCAGUGCGUCCUGCAACUAUGAGCUACGAUAACGCCACUCAUUUGACAGCCAGGAUUAAACCCAAGCAGCAGAAAGUGGAGCUCGAGGUGGCGAUGGACACCAUGAGCCCGAACUACUGUCGCAGUAAAGGAGAACAGAUCGCACUUAAUGUGGACGGCACCACCUCUGAGGACACCAACGUCUACUCAACGAAAAUGAUGGACAAGCAAGCGUUCUCCUCGAUCCAGGCGACCACGAACACGUCCCGCUACGCCGCAGCCGUGUUUCACAAAGGAGAGCUUCACCUCACGCCACUGCAGGGGAUCCUCCAGAUGAGACCCAGCUUCACAUACCUGGAUAAAGCUGAUACUAAACAUAGAGAAAGAGAGGCGGCCAAUGAAGCUGGAGACUCUUCUCAGGAUGAAGCAGAAGAGGACGUUAAACAAAUCACUGUGAGGUUUUCCCGCCCUGAGUCGGAACAGGCCCGUCAGCGCCGCAUCCAGUCCUACGAGUUCCUGCAGAAGAAACAGGCUGAGGAACCCUGGGUUCACCUGCACUACCACGGGCUCAAGGACGGACGUUCUGAGCAUGAGCGCCAGUAUCUUUACUGCCAGGCCAUGGACACCACAGAAAACACGGAGCUGGUGAAAACACCGAAGGAAUACCUGUCCAUGCUCAUGCCUCCUCUGGCUGAAGAGAAAGUCGUGAAGCCGACGGGUCCCAGUAACGUGCUCUCCAUGGCCCAGCUCCGCACGCUGCCUCUGGGGGAUCAAGUCAAGACGCUGAUGAAGAACGUGAAGGUAAUGCCGUUUGCCAAUCUGAUGGGUUUGCUGGCGUCGGGGACGGACUCGACCGCAGUGUUGCGAUGCAUUCAACAGGUGGCGCUGCUGGUCCAGGGAAACUGGGUCGUAAAGAGUGACGUGCUGUAUCCCAAAAACACCUGUAGUUCACACAGCGGCGUUCCUGCUGAAGUGCUCUGUCGCGGCCGAGACUUUGUGAUGUGGAGAUUCACUCUAGAGCGAACCCUGAUGAGGAAAGAGGUCGCGGCCAUCAUAAAGCUUCCUCCCGAGGACGUGAAGGACUUCCUGGAGCAGAUGUCGGCCCCUCGAGUAAACCGAGGCUGGGAGUUUCUGUUGCCCACGGAUCAGGACUUCAUCCGAAAGCAUCCAGAUGUGGCUCAGCGGCAGCACAUGCUCUGGCUCGGCAUCCAGUCCAAGUUGGAAAAGGUGUUUAACAUCUCCAAAGAUGACUUUGUGCCUAAAAAGGACGCUCAGAUGGAUCCGGUUCACGUCAGCGGAGACCAGCGCGUGAAAACGGCGCGCGAGAACGCGAGAGAAACCCACGGCGCCCUGCAGAGAGAGCUGGACGCCCGCAGACUGAAGGGGUCGCGACCCCCGGGGAACGUGCGGGUCAAGCAGGAGCCGGUGAGUGACUCUGAGGAGCCCAUGGACACGUCCGGCCCGCUCACGAACGGCUCGCUCAACGGUCACCCCGCCUCCGGCUCCCCGGACCCUCACAACGGCCACGCGUCGGCGCACGCGUUCACCCCGGAGCUGCAGGAGUUCGUGCAGAACACCUUCAGGAAACACCACGUCCUGUGCCUGAGCGAGGUCAAGCGUCUGUUUAACCUGCAUCUGGCCAGUUUACCCAGCGGCCACUCGGUGUACGGUCACGUGACCGACCGCAUGCUGACCGAAGCCAUCCUCCAGAGCCAGUGCAAGCAGAUCCUGGUGCCUUUUCCUCCUCAGAGCGGAUCCACAGCGGAUGAACAGAAGGUGUUCGGCCUGUGGGAGAGCGGAGAAACCUUUGACAAGCUCCGGCAGGUUCUGUUCGAGAUCUUCAUGAAGAACUAUCGCGUCAGAAGAAACGUGAUCCAGACUCGCCUCACGCAGGAGCUCGGGGACGCCGUCACCAAAGCCGAUGUGGAUCGACUGCUCAAGGAGUGCUGUAUGAGUCUGGGAGGGAUGUGGUAUCUGAAGGGGACGGUCCGCUCCUGACGGGAAGACUCGGAGCGCUGGGGUCCUGUCAAUCAGCUCGUCUGCCUCUGGAGGCGGAGCUAAACACACCAACCAAUCGCUGCCCUCGGCUGAGCGGGUGGGAGGAGCAUCUGCACACGCCAACGCUUCAGACUCACACACACACGAGCGUCUCAGAAAAAGGGCUGAGGAUGGAUUUAAUUCUGCGUUUCAGCACAGGAAAGGAGUUGCUGAACGCGUACUCGGACUAUCUUUUGGUUUUGUUUUUUAUGAUUUAAAGGGGUAGUUGUUUCGAAUAAAGAUGACAGGAGAUCAUGGUUCAACUCGUUUCAUCUCGCUUGUGGCCUUUGCGAGUUUAUCGUCAGGUUUUGGCUUUGUUUAGUACGUGUAGCUGACUGAA